UCAUGUGACAUACAAGAUGGCGGCCCCUAGUCUUGUUUUGGUGAUUGUUGCAGUCAGUUGUUGCAUUGGAGUCCAGGUUAAAGACAAAGCACCUCACGCUCCUUUCUCAGACCUCCAUGAAAACCUUUCUACUGAAUCAGGUCAUAGACUAUUUAGUCUAGAAGAGCUUUCUUCUUACAAUGGGCAAAAUUCAGAACUUCCAAUCUACGUCGCUGUCAAAGGAGUAGUGUUUGAUGUGACACAGGGCAAAGAUUACUACGGUGUGGGAAAACCCUAUAAUGUAUUCACAGGAAAAGAUGCUUCUCGAGCUAUAGCAAAGUGGUCUAUGGAUCCUAAAGACAUGAUACCAGAGCUUGAUGGAUUGACCAAGGAAGAAUUUGACAGACUCGAAGAUAAUUUCGAGAACGUUUACAUGAAGAAAUAUCCGGCUGUUGGGUACGUACGGGGCUACGAACCACGACCAGAGGAAGAUAAUCUUAUAUGGAGUAGACAAGAAUUGUAAUACCCGCGAAAAGUAAGAAAAAUCCGAACGAAUUAGUCAUCCAACACGUCUGCAUACACUGAUUCGAAAAAGAAAAAAAAGAGAAUAUUCCAUUGCUUUGGAAAAAUAGCAGUGGCCAAAAUUUUUUUGGUUUUUUUUUUCAGCUUGCUUUUAUGUUUAAAAAGAAAACGAUAAGUUUUUGCUAAGCCCUGGUUUUUUGUUUUUUGUUUGUUUUUGCCGAAACUGUUUUUAUUGGUUGGGCUGCCUGUGGUAUAGAAAUUAAGGAAGCUCAAAACUUUAUCAAGCGUUUUUUUUUUUUCGUAUGACUGUGAAAACCUAGUGGCACGAACAUGAUCUUGACUCRGCAAGGUAUAUGUCUGACCAAUUACAUCUUGCUAGAUUAUACUCUCCAUCAAAUCAAAUAUUCAAAACACGGCACGMACACWGUGCGGACAGUUAYGACACUGCCAGACCAAUYACAUUGCRUUAAAAAAAUGCCAAUCAAAAUUCUAGAGAACUUCAUGGUCAUGGCAAGGCAUGCAUAUAGCAUUGRGCUUUUCACGGUCAUACCAAAACUGGAGGUAGAUUUAAGGACAACCAUUCUAAGCCAUGUCUUUUUGGGAAAAUGAAUKGAUAGUAUUUCAAAAAUUAUUAUAUAAUAUUAGAAACUAAUUAUAAAUACUAAGAUAGCUAGUUAGUUUCUUUACAAUCGAUUGAUAUGCCUUUUUUAAAUUUAAAGGCUGUUGGAGCCAAAGGCAWUAAGUGAUAGGAGAUAGGUCAUUCCAAGUUCCGAAAAUCGGCAGAAAUGACUGGUGUGCCUUAUUAUUAUUUUUGUAAAGAACACCGACUAAAGGUUAUUAUUGAGAUA